UCGAGACAGAGCUUCUCCGUGUAGUUUUAGUGCCUGUUCUGGAUCUCACUCUGAGGAGCAGGCUGGCCUUGAAAUCACAGAGAUCCGCCUGGCUCUGCCUCCCGAGUGCUGGGAUUAAAGGCGUGUGCCAGCACCGCCGGGCGACAAAUACAGAUUUUAAGAAUAUUCGGAAGGGGCUGUCUGUAGGCACCAUGUCGGGCCGUGAAGGUGGCAAAAAGAAGCCCCUGAAACAGCCCAAGAAGCAGGCCAAGGAGAUGGACGAGGAAGAUAAGGCUUUCAAGCAGAAACAGAAAGAGGAGCAGAAGAAACUCGUGGAGCUAAAAGCCAAGGUCGUGGGCAAGGGACCCCUGGCCACAGGUGGAAUUAAGAAAUCUGGGAAAGAGUAAGCUGUUCCUCAUAUCUGAGAUGAUGGUGGCCCUCUUCCAUUCCUAUUUAAACAUCUGGAUUCCCUGCCAUAACAUCUUUGCCACCUACAGCUAGAAUGAAGAGUUACCCUGGAGCCCGUUAAACAUCUGGAUUACCAACUAUAACAUCUUUGCCACCUAUAGUCAGAAUGAAGUGUUAUCCUGGAGCCCGUUGUACAUUGUAA